AUUGUUUUGUUACAACUCUAGUAGGCAGAGGUGUUGCUUGCCGAUAUUCCAUAUAAAUAAUUGUUAUUGCUUUAAAUCCCAGACUGAGAUUGGUAUUUUAAAUCGACAGAGGAUAUUAUUCAUUUAAAUUAUCAGCUAAGAUUUAUUUAAUGACAUGUGAUAGCGCUGAAAUAUCAAACGUCAUAAGUGACGAUAAACAAAGAUGCCGUACUAUAACAGUGGCCACAGUUCCUCACCCUAUUCCAAAGAUGUGCCAAGUGGACCAUCGAAUUCAUCUGGAAGUCGUAGUGGCGGAACGGAGCCGACCUACAUGAUGGAGCACUUGGCCACUUUCACAGUCACUAAAGACACCGGAAUAGUCUACCCGGCUGACGGCAUGCGUCGUCUUCUUCAGUUGGAGAAGAGCAAUGGUAUCUGGAGCCAAAAAAUGCAGCUACGUCUCGAGCGUAAUUGGGUUUUAAUAAUGGACAACGAAACCGGGGCGGUUAUGGAACGAUUUCCAGCAGCCUUGAUCCAAGAACCAACGGCCUUUACGUCACGAGACCCAAUGGAGAUGUACAACAACAUUCUGGUGUUCACCGUGGGAGAUGACAGUGGUUCUGGGCAGCGCGCAGAGAUGCAUAUCUUCCAGUGCCAAAGUAUAUCCGCUCAGGACUUGGUCGAGGAUUUAAAGAUGCUACAAAUGGGAAAAUUAGUCCCCGGAGGUUCGCCACGUGGUCCCAGAGGACAGAUACCUCCUCCACCGGCUCUACCGCCUCCAGAACCACCGCUCAAUGGCGUCAAUGUUCGUGAGCAGGUCUCAGCAUUCAAUGCCAAUGGUCCAAAUGAUCGCGAAGAAAACAACGAUGAAGUAUCAUCAACAUCGUCUGAAAAGUACGAGCGUGAUGUGACGAUUCUCAACCACUGUUUCGACGACAUAGAAAAAUUCAUCGCGCGGCUACAACACGCAGCAGCAGCCUCUCGCGAACUGGAAAGAAGACGUCGCAAUCGCAAGAGCAAGAAGCGGAAUUUGGGCGACGGAAUGUUGACCAUGCGAGCAAAGCCACCUCCAGAAAUAGAGUUCAUUGACAUUUUUCAGAAAUUCAAGCUGUCGUUCAACUUACUCGCCAAGUUAAAAGCUCAUAUCCACGAUCCAAACGCUCCAGAGCUAGUGCAUUUCCUUUUUACACCUCUGGCGCUGAUCGUCGACGCUUCUCACGAUACCAACUACGACACGAAUCUACCCAGCAAAGUGGUGUCGCCAUUGCUGACCCGCGAGGCGGUUAAUUUACUGAUAAACUGUGUCACCAGUAAGGAAACGGAGCUGUGGCACUCGCUGGGCGACACUUGGUUAGUCCCUCGCGAUCAGUGGAAAGGCCACGUCCCGCCGUACCACCCGAUCUUCAUGGACGGCUGGUCCCCGGAGUAUCCCAUCCCAGAAGACCGCGACCACGAUCAUCUGGCCUCGCUGCUCAAUGCAGACAAGCAGAAGCGCGACGAGAUUCCCGAGCAGCAGACGGAUAAUUAUUAUAACCAUCGCGACGUCGAAGAGUCUCACUACAGCAGCGACUACCUGGAGUACGAGAGCCGCGAAGAGCGUGGUAACGAUUACUUUGACAGAAAUUACGGCCCUGGGUCGGAGCUGUACAGCAGAGAAGACCGGGAAAGAGUCGAUCAGACGCGAGCUCACAGCGACAUUUCUGUCGACUCGAUUGAACGCGGACCUCGCGGAACUCCUGCGACUGAUCGCGCUCAAGAGGCUUGGCUCGACGACUUGCUGGCCAAGGGGGCCAAAAUCGUCCAGGUCACUUACCCGCGCACCGCAAAUAAUGACAAGGAGUUGACUGUGGUCAGGGGAGAGUAUCUGGAGGUCCUGGAUGACACCAGGAAUUGGUGGAAGGCCAGGAAUUCCAGGGGACAGGUCGCUCAUGUUCCUCACACGAUUGUCGCUCCACAUAAUCAAGCCCACGCUGGGGAUAAUGAUGUCUUCAACAACCCGCUCUACACCUCGAGAUACCAGAGACAAGGACACGGUUAUAAUUAUGAGGAUUCAGAGAUUGAAGGAACUAGUACUAGUCCUGGACCGGAAGCGACUCACAGACCUCACACUAUUCCUCCACCCGCACCUGCCGACUGGGUGCGAAAAGAACGUCUAGGUAAAAAAGCUUUUUUCGCUUCCUGUUCUUGUUUAAAAGCUAUCUUCAUCAAAGAAGAGCCUAAAGAAGAAAAGAAGAAAAAAAAAAAUCAUGGAACAGUUCCUCCCCCUCCACCAUUACCUUCUCCUUCAGCACCGGAAGUAAGUUCAAUCAGUUCCAGCAAAAGUGGUACUAUGAAAAGUAAUUCUUCUUAUACUGAAGAAAAUGGUAAAGAUCAAAUGCACAAAGAGUUGAAGUAUGUGUUAACACUUUUCCGGGACAAGAAGAAAAAUCUCGACGUUGUGAAGACACCUGAAAUUUUUAUUGAUCAGGAAUCGACGCCCAGCGAAGUUCAGAACUGGCUUUCUGCUAAAGGUUUCUCUGAUAAAAUAUGCAGGCAGUUAAAAGACAUGACUGGCUCAGAGUUAUUCAGUCUAACGAAAAGACAAUUGGAACAGUACUGCGGUCUAGUUGAAGGAAGAAGAUUAGAUGGGCAGUUAACGCUUUCGCGAAAUGCUUCAGGCUAUCACACAGCAAGAACUCAUGAAUUGAAACAAAUACUCGAGAAAGCAAGGAAGAAAGUUGAAGAAACUAGCAUUGAAGACUAGAAUCCUCUGAAUAAAUAUUUUUAUAAGAUUAUUUUCUUAAAGACACACAAGACUGGUGUCAGAAAAUAUAUAUUAGUUGAUUAGUUAUAAUUAUAAUUAUAG